GUCGAGAGCUGCGUGGUGUUGUCAUUUUUCACGGAAAAAGGAACUUGGACUUUGAUAAAAGAGAUGCCACCGACAUCCAUAAACCAAGGUAAACUGCAUUCUCCUUGAAUUAUGUGGGGUUUUCACGGCGCGUCAUCAGCGCGUCAUCAAUCCGGCAGUCGCCAUGUUGGAGGUACUCGGCAAGGUAAAUAAACCGCACGCCAAGGUAAAUAAAGCGCACGCCGCAGUAGAUCCCGAAUAUCUUCGUGGAAAAUGGUAAAUUAUUGCCGUGUUUUUGGCUGUACCAAUCGGUCAGACCGCGAAAAACAUUUGGAGUAUUACAGACUGCCAAAAGUUAUAACUAAUCAAGGAGAACAAUGCCAAAAGUUGUCAGAGGAAAGGAGGCGCUUGUGGUUAGCGAAGCUGAACCAGGAUCUACGUGGCAAAAAUCUGGACAACGUCCGAAUUUGUUCGGCCCAUUUCUUGUCAGGUAAAAGGUCUGACCUUUAUCAAAAGGAUGACCCAGAUUGGGUGCCAUCUGUCGGAAUGACAGGUCAGCAAAGGUCUCCUGAAAAAGCUGGGACAUCAUCACGCUACAGCCGUCGUGGGAAUAGAACCCAGCAGAGACUGAGAGAAGCUGCUGCUGAUGCUGCUGCUGGUGCUGGAGUUGCUGCAGAGACUGAUGAUUCUGAGACUGAUGACCCUACUACAAGUGGUUAUAUCAGCAGCAAUUUGUGCAGCACAGAGACUCAAAGUGAAUUGACUGAAACCCCACUCCCCUAUCUGCGUGUGCUGGUGCCCCCACUCAGGCUGGUAUCAGCAGCCAUCUGGCACACUGUGCAGCACAGGAUUGUAUCGGCCUAUGGGCUUCUGGACCAUGUCAUCACAGAGAUCACUGAAAUUGUCCCUGGGCUGCUCAAUUGCAGACAGAGGUGGUUGCUGUGUUUUAACUUUCAAGCACAGCUGGUACUUGAUUUGUGCCGCCCGGGUCAAACCAUCGACUUGAACACACUUCAGCCACACUUGGAAAGAAUGCAGCAGCUGAGUUCGUUGUUGAGCAAAGAGGUAUACAACUCAGCGGAGGGAAUCAGUGGACCAAGCAUGCUCAUUAUUCUUAUUCAAAGACUGAUAACGGACCAAGAAAACAGGCAUCACUUUUACCAGGAUGUUUUCCCCCAGAAAUAUGGGCCAGAAUAUUACAAAGCUGUGGAGUUGCUUGUGAUGAAAUUCCUUGUGGCGCUCGAGAGAUUACUAGUGGUGCCAAAUCUUCAACAGGUGGCCAAUAUGCUUGGCAGUGCUCCAUCUGUUCUGGCUGAAUGCGUUGCAUUUCCACUCCACCAAGAGCUCAAAUCCAUCUUGGAACACCAAAACGACUGCAAUAAUCCCAGCAAUAUUGAUGUUCUGCAUACAGGAGACGGUGUUUGCACGGUUCAGUCUCCCCACUCCCUGGAGAUGAUCCUCGUGGAGGAGGAGGAGACCCUUUUGAAAGCCAACAUGUUGGAUGAUUACGUGGACCCGCCUGGCAGAGCACAGACCAUGGACGUGGCAACCGCGGAAAAUGCCAGGAUGGGAUUUGACACAAAAGACACAAUGAGUGUAGAAGACUUUGUCACCAUUCGCCCCAUUAUGGUCAAAGUGUAUAGUCUAGAGGAUAUUGCUUGCCUACAGAAGAUGGUGCCUUCACAAAGCCCUCGUGUUGUUCUGGAUCCCCGCGCUGUGGAGUUACAUUUGGGAAGUAAUAUUAAAGGGCCGGAAGAUGAGAAGGUUAAACUCUGUGUGCGAACGAAAGCGGAUUCCACAAGUGAAGGACAGAGCUCUGCCUUUGUUAAGAUGGAACAAGACAUUGUAAUGAUUACCGUAGGAGAUUCUCCUCCAAAUGAUCACCUAAAAAACCCGUGCAUGUCAAAUGUGGCACCUGCAUCGACAAUGGCCAAUGAGGUGGCACCAGCUUCGCCAGAUCCCUCGAGAAGCCCAAUCAGACCCAACAGAGUUAUCGAGUUGUCUGAGUAUUUCAGGAGGAGGCGAAGAAACGAGCCCAAAGCCAAUAGGACUUGUCCCACCUGCGGCAAAAUUCUCAGCCGCUCAUCAGAUUUGGCCAGACAUCAGCUGACGCACACUGGGGAGCGACCAUUCCAGUGCACUCAGUGUAAGAAAGCCUAUCAGUUCCACCACGACCUGAAGAAACAUAUUUUAAGACUUUGUCCCGGCGCUGGACCAGGAAUGGCACCACCACCGACACCAGACGACCAAACCGCCAAAAGCCUGAAUACGGAGGACGGCUCACGCGAACUAUGGAGAACUACGGAGAGCUACCAGGAGGCUCCCCGGCGACGGAGAAGGCUCUCUAUGUCUACGUACAUCACUUAACUUUGUGUUUUUUAUGAUUGUUGAUUUUAUUUUAUUUUUUUAAACACUGCCCUGUAAGGUGAGCUUGAGUGCUAUGAAAUGCGCCCUCAAAUAAAAUGUAUUAUUAUUAUUAUUAUUAUUAUUAACGGAGGAGUAUAAACCAGCCUUCAAGGCCAAAGUAUACUUCUCCGACUCAGUAAUCCGGCUCCGCAUUCGCAGUUCUCCGUCGGGAUGUCAAAGCACUUCGCCUGUCAAUUUAUAUGUUGACUACUAACCAUGUAAAUAGUGCUGUAAAUAAACUUCCAUAGCUUUUCAAAUCUUA